AUGCGGGCCGCCGAUGGCGGGCCUAAGUUGAGGAAGUGGUAUGGAGCGCCUGAUUUGCCUCCUAAGGAUGAGAUCGAAGAAACACGCAAUGCUGUGCUGGUUACUGAUGGUGAAAGCGAAAUUGGUCAGUCAUUGGUUGGAGUUCUGAAUGACAAGACCUUUCUCACAAAGACUCUCAGAGGUGUUCGUGCGAUCAUUUGUGCAUCAGAUGAUGGCUUUUUUUCUGAUGUAGCUCGAACAAAAGGUGUAAACCACAUUGUUCUUCUAUCUCAGUUGAGGUAUUAUAAAGGAAGCGGCGGAUUUCAAGCAAUUAUGAAUAGCAAAGCCAGAGAGCUGGCAGAUAGAGAUGAAAAGGCUGUGAUAACGGCUGGUGUUCCAUACACAUUAAUAAGAACUGGCUUGCUGCAGAGUGUUCCUAGUGGCGAUCACGCUUUCAGCUUCAGCAAGGGUGAUGCAGCAAAGGGAAAUCUGAGUAAAGAGGAUGCAGCAGUUUUUUGUGUGGAGGCACUCGAGUCACCACCAGAGGAAGGUCUAAUAUUUCAAGUGGCAAAUGGGGAAGAAAAGGUUACAGACUGGAAGGUGAAAUUUGCUGCCCUUAUUGAAGGCACUGGAGUAUUACAAUGAUGCUCACUUCUUAUUGAUGGUUUCGUUAGAAUGAAAUUUGAGAUAUUGAUGGCAUUUAGAAGACGAACAACGUGAUGAUCACAACAACGUAAUUGAACGAUUCUUUACGCCGGUCUGUUCCUCUUGUGGCCGCGCUUUCCAUCAGAGUCUGCGUCCUUGGAGUCGGCGAAUGAGACGGAGAGAUUGCCGUAGAGAUCGACUAUGCGGCGGAUGUUGUCGUUGAGCUCUCGGAUGAGGCCGACGUUGCGGCUGAGGUUGUCGGGGAUUCUGGACUCGUGGUUCUGGUUGAUCUCGUUGAUCAGGAGCCUGUUCUGGUCCAGAAUGCUCUGCACCUGGAGGAAGUUCCUUUGCAAGGCCCCCAAGAGUUUGCCCUCGAUUUGACUUCCAUUGCCGAUGACCAAGGGUUUACUAGGGGAGGAGAAAUAGUUGCCAUGGAAGCUUCAUUUCAGAAAGGCAACGCAAGCGAGGAGAUCAUGACACCCAAGAUGCUCGCUGCCGCUAUCUCGAAGUCUCAUUUAACAAAUUCUUCUUUCGAACAAUCAAGACGAUAAUCGAAUAAGGAAAAUCGAAAGAAAGAAAAAAAACAGCCAUCAGAGUGCACGAACGGAGGGGAAAAUAAAACCAGGGAACCAUAUCGUACCAUAUUCACCAUGGCCCAAAAGAAAGCUCGGAAAAUAGAUCUAUGAUGCAACC